GCUUUGUUGAUGAGUGGAGGAACACGAUGUCGAGCCCUAAAGUCUCUGUGCUUUCAACUUCUCCCGUUCGUCUUCCCCAACCUUUGGAAAGAUCCCCAUGCCACUUGACAGUCGUGGGCUUCGUCUUGCUCUCUGAUGCCUACAUGCACAAUGGCCUUCUCUACUCCAAACCAGCCAUACCAUUCGACGAUGUCGUCCAACAGCUGCGAGUCUCCCUCUCAAAUUGCCUCCUCCACUUCUACCCCUUGGCCGGCCGCCUCGCCACCGACCCAGAAACCACCGUCUUUGUCGACUGCAACAACGAUGGAGCUCAGUUGGUGGUUGCAGCUUGCCAUGACAUCAGUGUUUCGGAUUUAAUCUGCGCAGGAGAUGUUCCGGCCAUUGUGAAAUCUUUCUUCCCACUGAUUGGUGCGGUCAACCACGACGGUCAUUCCUUGCCACUCUUUGCUGUACAGGUUACAGAGUUAGCCGACGGUGUAUUCAUUGCUUGUUCAUGCAACCACAGCGUCGGAGACGGCCAGUCAUUUUGGCACUUCAUGAACAGCUGGUCGGAACUCAGCAGAGGAAACCAACAGAUAUCGCGCAAGCCGGUCAUGAUCCACGCCUCUGAACCCAUCCAUUACAUCCCCACAAAAGAAGAAGUGACCAGCAUCGAGUGGCUUGCUGGUGUAAGAGAGCACAUUUUCCAUUUCAGCAGGAAAGCAGUGGUUAGCCUGAAAGCCAAAGCCAACCAACAAGGGGAGAUGGAGAAGGGAGAAAUCUCUUCCCUGCAGGCAUUGACAGCACUAAUUUGGCGAGCCAUAACAAGAGCCAGGGCAUUGGAAGCAGAGCAGACUACCAAUUGUUGGUUGGCCGUAGAGGACAGGCGUAGAUGCAACCCACCAAUGCCGGAGGAAUACUUUGGUACUUGCAUUGGUCUUGCUUGUGCGACAUCUACUGCUGGCGAGCUACUGGGCCAAGAACUGGGCUUGGCCGCCCGGGCCAUACACGAGAAAAUCGCGAAUUAUAUUGUUGACGCUAAAGAGGAGAAGCUGAAGGGAUUGUUAAGGGAGCGCCGCCCCAGGAAUCCGGCGGCCUUCUUUGGGCGGGGCGGUAUAUUGGUUGCAGGCUCACCAAGGUUUGAUAUUUACGGAAAUGAUUUUGGGUGGGGGAGGCCGAUGAGUUCAUUCAACGAGCCUGCGGCGACGAUUGACGGGAAGGUGGUGGCUUCACAAGGCAGAGAGGGAAUUGGGAGCGUCGAUCUGGAGGUUUGCCUACCGCUUCAAACCAUGAGAAACUUGCUGUUGGAUGAGGAGCUGAGGGAGGCCUUAGCUUCAAACUAGCAACACUAUGAGGAUCUAGAUAAACAGUAUUAUGCUUUAUGAGGCACAACUGUUCUGCAUAUGCUAGAAUGUUAGCUUUUCAAUUCGCCAACUUUUUCUCCAAUCUCUUAAGAAAUCUUAACAAAUUAUUGUAGCACUCUCGAAGUUUAGUCAAGUAU